CUGUCUGUAUACGAGCAAAGGAAAGCAAGAUUCACUGUAUACUUGGAAAGUGAAGUGGGAUCCAUGCGAAUUGAACGCCAAUGUCAAGCUUCAUCUACAUUUGAGGAGUUGGAUCAAAGACGUAAUUGAAAAUUGGUGUCAUUUACAACAGUUUGCAAGACAUGUCUCAGUGGAGUAUGCUUCAGCAGCUGGACUCCAGGUACCUGGAGCAGGUGGACCAGCUUUAUGAUGAUACCUUCCCAAUGGAGAUCCGACAGUACCUGAGCCAGUGGAUCGAGAGCCAUGACUGGGAGUCGGUGGCCACCAGUGACUCGUUGGCAACAGUGCGCUUUCACGACCUCCUCGCCCAGCUGGACGACCAGUACAGCCGCUUCGCCCUGGAGAACAAUUUUCUGUUGCAGCACAACAUCCGCAAGAUCAAACGCAACCUGCAGGAACACUACCAGGAGUAUCCGAUGACCAUGGCAAUGCUUAUCUGCAAUGCACUACAAGAAGAAAAGAAAAUCCUCAACAUCGCCAUUAAAACAGAGGAGGGGGCAGCCUCGGCACAAAGCAACAAUAGCAUGGGGAGUAAGCACAGAGAACUGGACAACAAGGUCAGCAGGCUGAGGAAGAUGGUGCAGGAUACAGAAAUUGACAUCAAGUCCUUAGAGGACCUUCAAGAUGAGCAUGAUUUCAAGAAGAAAACAAUCCAAAACCGAGACCAGGAGCCGAACGGAGUGAAGACUCUGGACAACAAGCGUGAGGAGAUGCAGAUCAAGGAGAUGUUCAUCAAGCUCAAAGUGAAGAGAGAGCACGUGGUCCAGCAGGUGGCUGAGUCCCUGACGGUGACGGAGCACAUCCAGUUCAGCCUGAUCACCGAGGAGCUGCCCGACUGGAAGAGGCGCCAGCAGGUAGCCUGUAUCGGCGGCCCCCCCAACACCUGCCUCGACCAGCUGCAGUCAUGGUUGACGUCGGUGGCGGAGAGCCUGAAGCAGGUGCGUCAGCAGCUGAGGAAGCUGCAGGAGCUGGUGCAGAAGUACACGUACGAGCAGGACCCCAUCGCCCUGGGCGUCAACGCGCUCGAGGAGCGUGCCAUGCUGCUGCUCAAGAACCUUAUAGUCAGCUCCCUGGUGGUAGAGAGGCAGCCCUGUAUGCCCACGCACCCACAGAGGCCCCUGGUCAUCAAGACACAGGUGCAGUUCACCGUCAAGCUCAGAUUGCUGGUAAAGCUCCCCGAGUUGAACUGCCAGUUGAAAGUCAAAGUCCAGUUUGACAAGGAUGUUGUGGAGCGCAACACUGUGAGAGGGUUUCGGAAAUUCAACAUCUUGGGGACAAACACUAAGGUCAUGAACAUGGAAGAGUCCAACGGGAGCCUGGCUGCCGAGUUCCGUCACCUGCAACUGAGGGAGUUGAGGGCGACUGGGAACCGCACAAAUGAGGGCCCGCUCAUUGUCGCAGAGGAGCUGCAUACCAUUUGCUUCGAGACACAGCUCAACCUGCCCGGACAAAGCCCCAUUGAUCUAGCGACCACGUCUCUCCCCGUCGUGGUCAUCUCGAACGUGGCCCAGAUGCCAAGUGCCUGGGCCUCAGUGCUGUGGUACAACAUGUUGACCAGCGAGCCCAAGAACCUGUCCUUUUUCCUCAGCCCCCCCGUGGCCUCCUGGGGACAGCUCUCCGAGGUGCUGUGCUGGCAGUUCUCCUCCAUCACCAAGCGCGGCCUCAACAACGACCAGCUAAGCAUGCUGGGAGAUAAGCUUCUCGGUCGGGAUGCUGGUGGGAGUCCAGAGGGCCAGGUACCGUGGACCAAGUUCUGCAAGUCAAGUGACAGGGGGUUCUCUUUCUGGUUGUGGAUGGACUCCAUUUUGGACCUGAUAAAGCGCCACUUGCUCAGCCUGUGGAAUGAUGGGUUCAUCAUGGGCUUUGUGAGUAAGGAGCGUGAGAAGGUGCUGCUGAGGGAUAAGAGUCCAGGCACCUUCCUGCUGCGCUUCAGCGAGAGCAGCAAAGAGGGAGCCAUCACCUUCACCUGGGUGGAGCACACUAUCAGCGACGGGCCAAAGGUCCAUGCGGUGGAACCCUACACAAAGAAAGAGCUGGCAGCCAUUUCCUUUCCAGAUAUCCUGCGCAAUUACAAAGUCAUGGCUGAAAACAACCUGCCAAUCAACCCUCUACUUUACCUCUAUCCCAACACCCCCAAAGACAAUGCGUUCGGACGCUACUACAGCCGGCCUACAGAGGAGGAACGCUCAGAACCAAUGGACGUUGAGGAUGCCAGCCAUUCAAGCGGUUAUAUACCCACUGAACUCAUCUCAGUGACUGUGAAAGAACCUAGAUUGCAGGAGUCCAUCGGUUUACCUUUGAGCCCAGAUGACUACAACGGUUACUCCGAUAUAGUCCCAGAAGACAUAGACUCACUGAUAAAUGAUGCAUUUACCCACUAGCACCUCAAACUGGGGCAGAGUGUAUAGCUAAACCCGUACUCUCUAUUCACUCUUGAGUCGAUGACAAUCCUGCUCAUGAGGACAUCAUAGGAAGACCUCACACCUCACAAUGGUACAGAUGUACAUACAGGACAAACCAUUCAUUCAUCUCCGUCUUAAAGUGUGCAUACCACCCAUCCAAUCAUUCAUCCAUCUCUGUGUUGCAAUUUCCAUCAAAUCAUUCACCCAUCUGCCUGUGUUGAAGUGCUUUAACUUACAAUAGCUUUCAGCAGGAACAUCCAUAUUUUCUUUUUCUCAUUAUGUUCAACAGAUAAUCUUUGCAUCGUGUAUUAUGAUAGCAAGUGAUACAAUACUUUUGGAUGUGCCUGUUUCAGACACACACUCUCUCUCACACACACACACACACACACUCCACGAAGAAAUAAUGUGCAGUUGUAUUGGAAGUUUUGCUUUAUU